CAAAGAGGGAAACCAGGCUACUUACUGAAAGAGACAGACUAAGGCCUGGGGAAGAAAAACCAGAAGAAAACUUAAGAUGGAUCGGAAAGAAAAAGUAGUCAGCCGGAGGGUGACCAGAUCACAAACAAAGGUCUACAAUACCUUUAUUGCCACCAUAAACUCCCACCACAAAGAAGUGGUUUCUGAGGCACCAUCUAAUUCUCCAUUUACUCCGCAUACCACGAGCAAUCUUACUUGUGCCACUGCCAGCGAGUCAAGGAUGUUUGGAGGAUCAGAAAAGAAUAGUCAGACAAAACUAGUUUACUCUGCUAAUAUAUCUAUCCCAACAAUCCACAAAAUGCAUGGUCUUGGAAAUUUUUCUUCAGAGCAAACUCAUAUGCCAGAAUCAAGGAUUCUUUCAGCUAUUGGUUCUUCUGCACAGAUAAAAGCUGAAGCUGCUCGUCCCUUGUCAUGGGUAUGCAGAUCAACCCCAAUGAACUCUCCAUCAACUCCUUGUGGACAAGGAUAUCAGGUUUCAGAAACAUAUUCAUCACGAACAAAGAGGCAGAGGAUCAAACAUUAUGAGAGUUCUAGCACCCCAUGGGCAGAGGAGAACAGAAUUGUCCCUGCAACAAGGCCUUUUAGUAGCUCGCAUUUGAAGUUCCAUGAACGAAAUCAAUCUUCUGAAUUACACCCUUCAAAUGUGUCAACAUUACUGAAUGGGGAUCUCAAGGAUGGUAGCCAAACUGCUCUAUUAGUAGGUAGGCUAGUUUCCAGUAAGAAGAGAAAUGAAGCUUCUGAACAACCCUCAUCAAGUGUCCAACCCACUAUACCGAAAGGACACCUCAAGAAUGGUGGAAAAACUGCUGGUGUAUUAGCUGGCCAAAUUUCCAACAAUCAGAUACUUGUGAAGGACGCAAUAGCAGAAUCAACUCUCGUUCAGAAACAGUCAGAAGAAAAUACCAACAAUUUGGAUUCAGAGAUUAGAGAACUAGGUCCAUCUCUUAGUUUAAACCUAUCAGAGAUGGCAAACAUGUGGCAUGAUGAUCAUUCGAAUCAAGAUGAAGCAGAAGUUCUGAGCUCUAAUUCUUCUCUGGUUACAGUUCAUGGAUAUAGAGUGAAGGAAACAGCAGCACCUAUCCUUCACAAAAUUUUCGGUAAGUAUGGAGAUAUUGCUGUGAAUUGCUUAAUGGAGAGAGUAGAAAUUCGAUCAUAUUUUCUGGAGAAGGUCUGCGACGUUGUUCAAAUGCUAGAAAAUUCAAAACUCGAGGAACUUACACAACUUGAAAUAACAGACAUGCUUGAUCUUGUCGAUGAUCUUAUGAGAGGACGUCUGGAUGUUGCGUGGCUUCAACAGAGGUUAAAAAAGAUAUCUGAGGCCAAACAGAUUCUCAAGCAUUCCUCCACUUUGAAGGAGACUAAGGCAAAGAAUAGUCACUGUGCUGAGGAGAGUAAGAAAAGAUUGGAAAAUUUUCAAGCUGUGAAACUGAAAAUUCAAGAGAAGAUCUGCUUGAUAGAGGACCAUCUGAAUGCAACACAAGAAGAGUCUAGAAAGAUUGAACGAACAAUCUCUGAGGCCAUAGCUAAGGUAAAAUGCUUCCACAAAUCACUAGUGAAUGACCUACUUUGAUAUCUUCUUUCACCAGCAAGUCGGAGAGACAACGACAUGCCCAACUAAUUUCACUUUCUAAUAUAACUGGAAUGAUUGUCCUUUUGUUACUAAAGAAAUGCUUUUGUUAAGUAUUCUGGAUAGUUUGUGCAGUUUAUGCCCUCAGACUGGAUAUCCUGUGUAGAAUUUGUGUUCUGUCCUUAUCAUUAUGCGAUGAAUAGCUUUUGGGGUUUUACCUAACAUUUCGAAUUGAAAUAUUUCAAUGCCUAGGAGUGUCAGGUCGAAGAAUAAUUAAAUCUCUUUUAA